UAAAUUUAGUAAAAUCCUCGAAUCAUCAACUAUCGUUAAGAUUUUCCGGCUGUCAUAUCCCGUGUGUGUCUACGUACAACAAUUUGACAUCAAUUCCCGGCGCAGUGAACUUGUCAGAGGCUCGUCUUCCGAAGCGUGCAAUUUUAACUAUCUGUCAGCUGAUAAUACCGCCUCACAUCAAUUUGCUCUUCCAUCAGCAGCUCCCAAACUAAUUUCCUUCUCACCUGGCUUCAUAACAUCCAUAGGAGGCCUCAAUUACAGGCCAGCUGGCUUCAUAGAUUCAUACGGACGCCGUAUUUCCUCCAAGAGUACUCACAUCUACAGAGAACGGUCCAUGAAGGUGGGACGCUUGCUGGACGUGGUUGUGACUCUCAUGGUCAUUCUAGCCACACCCGCAUCAGGGCGCUACGACCGAGGUGGCCACCAACACAGCAUCACCUGGGGUCGGGCUAACAGCCACAGCUCAGCAGUCUUCGGCAACGUGCCCACCAAUGUCACUGCUGUCUUCGGUCACCGUGCCCGCCUUCCCUGCCAAGUCAAGAACCUUGGUCUCAAGGACGUGUCGUGGAUCAGGCAGCGGGACCUACACAUUCUCACCGUCGGUAUCUUCACCUACACCAGUGAUGAAAGAUUUAAAGUAUACCAUCCCCCGGAGACCGACGACUGGUUCCUCGACAUCAUUUCUGUCACGUUCAGAGACGUCGGUGUUUAUGAAUGUCAGGUGUCCACUAGCCCCAAGGUCUCUCUUCCCAUUCAUCUUAAUGUCUUAGCUGUACAAGAGGCGGAGAUCCUGGGUCCGCGGGAGGUAUACAUUCAACACGGUUCCACUAUCAGUCUUCACUGCGAGGUACAAGCUGGGGUCGAAGUGGUGGGUCCCGUGCGCUGGCUGAGAGGUACCUCCAUCCUCAACUACAGCUCGCCCCGAGGAGGUAUAAGCAUGGAGGUGGAGAAGACGCCCACGAGAACAAUCUCCAAGUUGUAUAUGACGCGGGCGCUGAAGGUCGACUCUGGUAACUACACCUGCGCUCCCACCUACGCUCUGCCAGACUCUGUUACUGUUAAUGUUGUCAAUGCCGGUGAGGAGUCAGCAGCAGCGGUGCAGAGUGGCGUGACGGCGCUGAGAGCGGACACGGGUGUUAUGUGGGCGUGUGUGGGUGUUAUGUGGGCGUGUGUGGGCGUUAUGUGGGUGGCCACCCUGGUGGUUACUUGCCUUGCGUCUGCAUCCCAACUCACCUGAAGAAACGUAGAUGGUGUAGGGCAUGUCCAGCUCGGUGUCUCCUUUAAGCGCGCCCUCUCACGGACUGCCAUCCCAGCAUGAGGCUCCUACCAUACCACCAGUGUAGUGUGCCUUAUAUUUUUCUAGGUGUUUCCUCCAAGUAUUGUAAUAAACUAUAUAUUUC